AUGGACACAGUCAGUAACGACUUCAAGGACAACUCCAAGAAGUUUUGGGCCUUCGUCAAAAGCAAGGGACAGGAAAGUACUGGUGUUGCACCUUUGAAGAACAAGGAUGGUUUCCUCCAGAGCGGCAAUGCAGCCAGAGCUAACAUUCUUAACGAUCAGUUUGUCUCUGCAUUCACCCGCGAAAAUACCACCAACAUUCCAUACAUGGGACAAAGCGGCAUACCAUCUAUGCCGAACAUUUUAGUUGACUGGAAGGGUGUACACAAGCUGCUGAUGAACCUCAAGACUAAGAAAGCCACUGGUCCUGAUGAGCUUCCAGCCAUCAUCCUGAAAGCAGCUGCUACAGAAUUAGCCCCUGCCCUAGCAAAGCUGUUCCAGCUUUCGCUCAACCUAGGUGAAGUACCUCAAGACUGGCGGGAUGCCUCGGUAGUCCCUCUUUUCAAGAAGGGCGACCGACACCAAGCAUCUAACUAUAUACCAGUGUUCUUGACGUCCAUAACGUGCAAACUCUUGGAGCACAUAGUGCACAGCAAUGUCAUGCAGCACUUCGACGAGCACAACAUUUUGAGCGACAACCAGCACGGUUUUGUAAGCGACGCUCCUAAUCGCCCCUCGUUGUCGAAAAAUCAUAGACACACACUCGAAGUAGUUGACGCCAGCAAAUACCUUGGAGUCACCAUCACUGAAAGCCUCACCUGGGAGAAGCACAACAUCACAAGCAAAGCCAACCGGACACUGGGAUUCCUUCGCAGAAACCUGAGGGAAUGCACGCCACCUGUCAAGGAAGCUUCAUAA